AUGGCGUGGUCGGGGAAUAAGGCAGCUGUUGUGCUGUGUAUGGAUGUGGGCUUUUCUAUGAAUAACUUUCCUGGUGAAGAAUCCCCUUUUGAACAAGCAAAGAAGGUGAUGACCAUGUUUGUUCAACGACAGGUGUUUUCUGAGAGCAAGGAUGAGAUUGCAUUAGUCCUUUUUGGGACAGAUGGUACUGAGAAUGCUCUUGCUGGUGAGGACCAGUAUCAACACAUCACAGUUCAUAGACACCUGAUGCUACCAGAUUUUGAUUUGUUAGAAGACAUUCAAAGAAGAAUCCAACCAGGUUCUCAACAAGCAGACUUUCUGGAUGCACUGGUCGUGUGUAUGGAUGUGAUUCAACGUGAAACUGUAGGAAAGAAGAUUGAGAAGAGGCAUAUUGAAGUAUUCACUGACCUCAGCAGUCCAUUCAGCAAAGAUCAAGUGGAUAUUAUAGUUCAUAAUUUGAAGAAAUAUGGCAUCUCCCUGCAAUUCUUUUUGCCUUUCCCAAUUGGCAAGAAAGAUGGAAGUGGGGACAGAGAAAAUGGCAACUUGGGCUUGGAUCAACACAGUCCUACCUUUCCUCAGAAAGGAAUUACUGAGCAGCAAAAAGAAGGUCUUCAGAUGGUGGAAAAGGUGAUGAUGUCUUUAGAAGGUGAAGAUGGACUAGAUGAAAUUUAUUCUUUCAGUGAGAGUCUGAGACAACUGUGUAUCUUUAAGAAAACUCAGAGGCAUUCCAUGCCCUGGCCCUGCCAGCUGACAAUUGGUUCCAAUUUGUCUAUAAAGAUUGUGGCCUAUAAAUCGAUUGUACAGGAGAAAGCUAAAAAGACUUGGAUAGUUGUGGAUGCAAGAACCCUGAGGAAAGAAGACAUACAAAAAGAAACAGUUUAUUGCUUAAAUGAUGAUGAUGAAACUGAAGUUUCCAAAGAGGAUACUAUUCAAGGGUUCCGCUAUGGAAGUGAUAUAGUUCCCUUCUCUAAAGUGGAUGAGGAACAAAUGAAAUAUAAAUCGGAGGGGAAGUGCUUCUCUGUGUUGGGAUUUUGUAGAUCUUCUCAGGUCCAGAGAAGAUUCUUCAUGGGAAAUCAAGUUUUAAAGGUUUUUGCAGCAAAAAAUGAUGAGGCAGCAGCAGUUGCAAUUUCCUCCCUAGUUCACGCUUUGGAUGAAUUAGACAUGGUGGCCAUUGUUCGAUAUGCUUAUGAUAAAAGAGCUAAUCCUCAAGUCGGUGUGGCUUUUCCUUAUAUCAAAGAGGCCUAUGAGUGUUUAGUGUAUGUGCAGCUGCCUUUCAUGGAAGACUUGCGGCAAUACAUGUUUUCAUCACUGAAAAAUAAUAAGAAAUGUGCUCCCACAGAGUCACAGUUGAAUGCCAUUGAUGCUUUGAUUGACUCCAUGAGCUUGGUAAAGAAAGAUGAGGAGGAAGAUACCUUUGAAGACUUGUUUCCAACCACCAAAAUCCCAAAUCCUGAAUUUCAGAGAUUAUUCCAGUGUCUGCUGCAUAGAGCUUUACAUCCCCAGGAGCCUCUGCCCCAAAUUCAGCAGCAUAUUUUGAAUAUGCUGGCCCCCCCUGCUGAAGUGACAGCAAAAUGUCAGAGUUCACUUUCUAAAAUAAAGAUGCUAUUCCCUCUGACUGAAGCCAUCAAGAAAAAAGACCAAGUAACUGCUCAGGACAUUUUCCAAGAUAAGUAAGUACUUGAUAUGGUUGCAUUUAAAAUUUGUGACAGUCUUGAAGGGAAUCUGAAAUUAAGGUGUUCCUUAGGGGUUUGUGCCAUUCCAAAGGUGAAAGGAAGAAGCCUUUUGGAUUUGUCUCUUAUGUUGAAAAACUGGCUUUUCAUAUCUGUCCUUUAUAGUCAUACUUUUUAAUUUUUUUGGCAGGGACUGGGCUUGAACUCAGGGCUUUAUACUUGCAAGGCAGGCACUCUACUGCUUAAGCCACAC